CCAGAGGCAGUGGCACCAAGGUGCAGCGGCGCUCGACGUCCGGCGCGCCCAGGCAUAUAGAGCGAUCGCUGCAACACAACACCCGCAGCGGUAGCCGCAGCGAUCGAAAACGGACGCGCUUUGGGCCCUCGUAGAAACCAUGCGGCGCUGGGCAGGCCUCAUCGUCGCCGCCUGCGCUGCGGCCGUCUCCUUCCCGAGCGUCCGGCCCAAGACGCAGAAGGUCGUCCUCCAGCGCAAGCAGCCCGUUCCACAAAAACCGGACGACUACGCGCGCGACAUCUACCAGGCGAUCAAGCGCGACGACUGGCCGUCCGCGCUCCAGGCCUACCAGCACGCGCGGCGCGCGCGCGCUCGAUUGCCGACGAACUGCUACAAUGGCAUUUUGAACGGCCUCGCGAAGCGCGCCGACGGCGACGCUUGUGCGAGUGUCUUCGAGGACAUGCGCGUUUUGUCCGUCGAGCCCACUGAAGCAUCAAGGACGGCCCUGGCCAAGGCCCACGCCCUGAAUGGCGACGGCGACAAAGCCCUUGAGGCGUUGAGAGGAGGUACGGACUGGACGCCGAAGUUACGGACCUACGCGCCGGUCCUCAACUGUUUAUUUUCAUCGGGCCGCGUCGAGGACGCGCUCCGAGUGUGGCGCGAGAUGGUUUCUAGAAGCGUGCGGCCGUCGGGCGAGUUGAUUGUAGCUGCUGUUGCCGCUAUUGAUGAUGACCAUACGUUAGCUACGUUCCUCGGAAGUCUAGGUGAUGUUUGUUUGAAUAGAAAACAGCUCGAGGCCAUACAGCAACGGGCAGGUGGCUCUUUUAUGCACGUAACAAACGGCAAACUAGGUAACUUACAACUCCCCGGCGCCGGUUUGACAACGACGGAACUCGCGAGUGUCCGACAAGGCCUCUUCGACGCGGCAUCACAAUCUUCCGAAAGAGACAAAAACGAGCUCGAAAAGUUCGACGGCUUUCUCAGGGACCACCCCUGGCGCUUCACGGCGGUCGUGGACGGGCCGAACGUCGCGUACCUAAAUCAGAACUACGACGGGGGCCGGUUCCGGCCGCUGCAGAUCAAGGCUGUGGUGGACGUGCUCGAGGCGCGGGGCCACCGCGUCCUCGUCACGCUACCGGCGAAGUACUGCGAGGCCGUCGUGCCGAACCACUCGAAGUUCGCGACGCCUCUGCCGAGCCAGGAGGCCGAGCAGGCUCUGGAAGCGGAGGAGAUCGCGUUGUUGGAGGAGUGGCGCAUGCGGGGCAUGUUGUAUGCGGUGCCUCGCGCGUGCCACGACGACUUGUACUGGAUUCUGGGGACAACUUAUAAUUGUCUGGCGGUGUCGAACGAUCGAGCAAGGGACCACUGGACGGGGGUCUUUGACAGUGAGGCGCAGUAUCGGAGGUGGUCUCGGGCGGCGGUCGCGUCCGUGGCCAUCUCGCCGGACGGCGUGGAGCUGUCUUGUCCGCCGGUGCACGAGCAUGCGAGCUUCGCCUCCAUAUCUUCUGAGGGGGCUUCUAUCGCGGUGGCGCCGGAAGAGGACGCGGGAGAGUGGCUCCGCGUGGACGUUGUGUUUAAGCAAAAUUGAUAGUU